AUGCCGCGUCGCCCGGCCACCACUGCGGGAUCGGCCUGGACCUUCUUCCUCCUUGACCAGGUGUUCACUUACUUGAUCCUGGCGGCAGCUGCUGUCUCGGCCGAGGUGCUCUACCUUGCUGACAAGGGCGACCUUGACAUUACGUGGAGCGCGGUCUGUGGCUCGUUUGGUGUGUUCUGCCACAAGGCCAUGGCCUCCUUGGUCCUGACAUUCGUCGUGGUUCUCUUCUUCAUUGCGAUCUCGCUUGUCUCGUCCUACAAGCUGUUCAGUAGGUUCGAUGCCCCUGUGCGCAGCUGCCCUGCUGCUGCAAAGGGAGGGCUCGAGAUUACUGCGUUUUAG